GUAUUCUUUACAGGUUAAGUUCUUGCUUAUUGGGUAAACGAUGGCCGAAUUUUACUUCGAUGAGAUAAUCAAGGUCCUUAAAUUCGACAGCCUAGUAGUGUACGAUAAAGUUUCGAGAAUCAAUGCCAAUAGUGAAGAUGAUGACUUUUAUUUGGAAUUGGAUGUGCACGCUGAGAUAUAUCAAAUGCUCCCCGGUGAGAAGUAUAGGAUGGUUAUUUCGAACACUCUGCAUAAGGAUGGUUCGACAGUAAGUAACCACUUUUCCGAGGGAAAACAAGCAUCACUUGCAGACAAAUUUGAGUACGUGAUGCAUGGUCUUCUGUAUAAGAUGGCUGAAGCUAAAGAUGCAAAAGACGAUGUUAAAGUGGUGGUGUAUGUUUCAUUUGGAGGGCUUCAGCUAAUGCUAAAAGGCGAUCCUUUGAAGAUGCACAAGUUUAAAGUCGAUCAAAGGUUGUUUCUUCUCUUGAGGAAGAUGUGAUGCUAACUUUUUAAACCUCUCGUAUUUUAUGCUGUUUAAUUGAGUUUUUCGAAUGGUAGUUGUGGUUUAAUUGUACUAGAAUGUGGAGAAUUUGCACCGUUUAACCUUGAUAAAAUUCGUGUCUACGUAUUUACAUUUAUAUAUGUGCGACUGCGUGUAAAUUAAAGAUUAUUUUGAUCUAUGAUGAAUAGGGAAUUUAUAAUCC